UACCGAGAAAUCACCUGCCUCAACUUCCUCGGUAAGGCUGGCGACUGAUCAGGCGUCGACAUCCUCUGCGGUAAAGCAACGGCAAGUCAGUCGGCCUAGACCUACUGCUGGGCGUGCGCGUGCAGCACUAGAGAAGCCUACAUCGAGUGGAAGCGCGACCGCGACACCUCUAUCUCCAAGUAGUCCCGGAACCUCGAAUUCCAUGUCGCAGACGCACAGUCACACGCAAGCGUCUCCUAGAUCCGCCAAACACUCGCCGAUCAAUUCUCCAACAUGUAACGCAAACGGCUCGCCAUCUACAAUACGGGGCCUCGGUGCGCGAACGCUCAGUCCCUCAGACCGUCGAAGGCUUUCUCCAGGUAGUCCUGCGAUCAAACGAGAUGCCUCGAAAGAAGAACUCGCCGAUACGUCUCCUAGUCUCCGCAAAUCAACUGCGGGUACUAGAAUGCCGAAAUCUACAUCAAUGGGCGGCCUCCCGAUACCGAGUCCAUCUAAAAAACUUGCACGAAGCCAGCAUACUCUGACGACACCGCGCGUUGAAGCCGCGGCUGCCUAUCGUCGCCCCGCUGCUGCGCCAAUCGACGACGUUCCUCCCGUACCGCCGCUUCCGAGCAGCAUAUCCAACAUCCCCCUCUCCUCUCCCAGCUCUAACCAACCCGCUCGCUCACGUACUCCCCAGAAUGACGGUGGCCGUCGACAGUCCACAUAUCUGCAAUCAAACGGUCCCUCUACGGAACCCCGCCGUCAAUCACGGGUGUUCACCGUCUCGAACGGCGUGCAUGAAACCGGUCCGGCUGCCAUGCCCCCUUUGACAAUAGGCGCUCUGCCAUCACAGACUGUCUCAAAAGUCAAUGCUCUGCAGACAAACAGCAUGAGAUCCGCAGAGCCUGACAACAGCUCUCCCAAGACAGAGUCAUCAAACAAACUUCAUGUUUCCUUGAUGUCGCAUUUCAGAAAGGCCUCGUCGGACGGGAACCGGGUGGCUGAAAAGAAGAGUCCGUUGAUAGCUCAUCAUGUAAAGCAUGGAUCCGGAUCUGCUUUCCCUUUUCUGCACAAGAAGAGCAAAAGUAAUGAGCUGGGUAGUAUUAUGGAUACCAAGCCGGAACAGGCUGAGCGAGCAAUUGAUGCUCAAGAGACCCCCUCGAAAACUCGAGAAUGGCUUCCUCAAAAGGGGAGACAGGGUUCUGACACCUCAGGCGUGGGCGUAUCAUCAUCUAUCACCAGCACACCCGCAAGCAAGAACCAGACUGCAAAUGCUGAUAAUGCGCCGGAUAGCGCUCUACGGAUUCCAAGCCGGCCUUAUUUACGAAACACGCCUAGUCUAAGUUCUCUUCGCGGCUCGUCUUCUUCUAUCCCAGUAUUGACAUCACUUCCGUCGUCAAAGUCGUAUAACAAAGACCUGAGCCUGCAAAGCACGCCGCUGCCGGCCUACACUUCGCGGGAAGGAACUGCGGUGGCGUCGCCUUCGCUGCCUGCUACUAAUUCUCCAAAGAAACAUACCACUUCUCGCACCCCGAUUCGCAUGCGUCUUCAUAGACCGUUCAAGAAACCGGCAGCAAAGGCUUCGGAGCAUAGAGCUACUCCGGAAGGCGACUUGCUAAAAACAGCCGGCCUUCCUCCGAUCCUGGCUCCUCCUCCCUUGCCGAGUGAUUUGUUGGCGAAACAGGAGGAGAUUGCUGGUAACGAAGCAGAUGUGGAUACAGACCACUCUGGCCGGUCAGUACCGGAGUCGGUGCAAUCGAUUGAUAGGUUUAUCGCUCGUCGGCCGAAAGGUCUUCAGCACAUGGACUCGAUGGACUCUACAAUGUCGACAGAGAGCGCGCCUCUCCCGCCGCCUCACUUGAAAAUGGGCUCUAGAAAUGGAACUUCGAGCUCGACCUCCUCUCGGGAGACACCAAGGGGGACUCCUAGAGGCAGUCCAGCGCUGAGUAUUCUCCAGUUUGCCAAACCGAAGCUUGCGGUGUUGAAAGAUUUCGCGCGGACGUCGAUUGCGAGCUCAGCGAACUCGAGCACGACAGACCUGCUGCAGUUCCAGUCAAAGACGGAGUGGGUUCCAGAGAACUACCUGGUGGAGGACGAGACCGACCGUGCGGCAGAUGAGGAGAUGCGACAGAUCUGCGGGCGGAGUCGCAAGCUGCGCGGGAUGGCGCGGGAGCUUGCGGAUUGCAGACGCGAGCUGGGGGUUCCGAGUACGGCGAUGACGAUCUCGCAGGCGGCAAGGACGCAGCUGUUGAAUAUUUAUGAAAAAGGAGAGAUUCUUGAUUUCCAUGAGAUUUACUUUUGCGGCAAGAAAGGUUGUCAUAAGAUGAUUGGAGAUUUGACUGCGUCGACGACGAAUUUCGGAUUCGACGACGAGAAAGGGGAUUAUAAGCUUGUGGCAGGCGAUCACCUUGCGUAUCGGUACGAGAUAUUAGGUGUUCUUGGGAAGGGCAGCUUCGGACAGGUGGUUAAGUGCGUUGAUCACAAGACGGGCGGGUUGGUGGCGGUGAAGAUUAUUCGCAACAAGAGACGGUUUCAUUCGCAAGCGUUGGUAGAGACGCGGAUUUUGAACGAUCUCAAGAAAUGGGACCCUGAUAAUUCCCACCAUCUAGUGCGGGUGACGCACAACUUUUAUUUCCGAAGCCAUCUCUGCAUCGCGACGGAGCUGCUAAGUCUGAACCUGUACGAAUUCGUGAAAGAGAACGAGUUCAAGGGCCUGUCGCUUGCGAUUGUGCGGCGGAUUGCGAAGCAGAUGCUGUUGUCGCUUAUUUUGCUCGAGCGCAAGAACGUGAUUCACUGCGACCUCAAGCCGGAGAAUAUCUUGCUGACGUCGCCUGAUACGGGAGAGAUUAAGGUUAUUGAUUUUGGGUCAUCGUGUUUUGAGAAGGAGAGAGUGUAUACAUAUAUUCAGUCGCGAUUUUAUCGAUCGCCAGAGGUGAUUUUGGGUAUGAAGUACGGACUACCGAUUGACAUGUGGAGUUUUGGCUGUAUUCUAGCCGAGAUGCGUACGGGGUACCCAAUUUUUCCGGGCGAGGACGAGAAAGAGCAGUUAGCAUGCAUAAUGGAGAUCUUUGGACCCCCCGAGCCGCAGGUGAUUGAGCAGGCUACGCGGAAGAAGUUGUUUUUCGAUGCGUCAGGGCGGCCGCGACCGGUUGUGUCGUCCAAGAACCGGAGGAGGAUACCGUUGACGAAGAGUCUGUCGGGGGUGUUGAAGACGAAUGAUGCAGCGUUUAUUGAUUUUAUUGGGAGAUGCAUGCGGUGGGAUCCGGAAGAGCGGUUGAAGGCGAACGACGCGGUGUUGCAUCCGUUCAUCACGGGAGCGAAGAUGGAGCGGCCGUCGAUGGCGGAGUCUAGGUCUGCGUCGGCAGAGGCGGGGGGAAUAACGCAUGUGAGCAAUAUCUACGGCACGGCAGAUAGUGGACGGAAUACGGCGUCUAGCGGCGAUAAUCAGUCCGGGCAGCAGUCAUCGCGGGUGGUUGGCGGAAGACCUCUGCCAGAGGUGCCGAGGACGCAGUCUUACAACAGCGGUGUUUCAGUCGGGCGAUCGAGUCAGGACGGUGGCAGGCCUAGACAGCAGCCGCCGUCGUCGGCGUUACAGCAACGAUGGCAGCGGUCGACGGCCGUGGAAUCGCCAGCAGACGACAUCAGCGAGCUGCGGUCGGCAAUCAAAAGGAUGGGCGCGCCGUCGUCGAGUAAUCCACAGAUGACGUCGAGCGUGAGCGCGAAUAACCUGAACGUGAACGGGAGUCACGGUGCGAGCGGGAUUCCGCGGUCGAUAGUGACGAGCGUGAGCGCGAAUAAGCUGUCGCUGAUUGCGGCGGGAGCGGGGGAGGAUGGGGGUAGUGAGCGCAUGCCGAGGCGAGUGGAGACGCGGACGCCGAGGAAGGUUGCUGGGGUUGGUAGAUAGCGGUAUCCUGAGUAUGAGUAGUAUGAGUAGGUACGAUAGAUCUACUCGG